ACUCUCGCGAGAUUUCGCGGCCGCCCGUAGCCGGGGCCGGCGGCGGUCGCCGUAGUCUCGCGAGAUCUGGGCCGCUGCGGCAGGAGCAGCGCCAGGCGGGCGCGCCGCCGCCGCCACCCGCCGCGGGACCGGCCGGGUCACGUCACGUCACUCGGCUUUGGUAAAGCUGCCAGGUUUUUAUCCCUAAUUUUUCCUGUGGAACGGAGAGGCUGAGUGUGUGCCAGCAUGGCAGAAAAAGUGAACAACUUCCCUCCGCUGCCCAAGUUCAUCCCCUUGAAGCCAUGUUUCUACCAGGACUUCGACGCGGAGAUCCCGCCGCAGCAUCGGACCAUGGCCAAGCGGCUUUACUACCUCUGGAUGUUGAACAGCAUCACCUUGGCGGUGAAUCUCGUGGGCUGCCUCGCAUGGCUGAUUGGAGGCGGCGGAGCUGUUAAUUUUGGACUGGCAAUUCUCUGGCUCAUUCUCUUUACGCCCUGCUCCUAUGUCUGCUGGUUUAGACCUAUUUACAAAGCUUUCAAGACGGACAGCUCCUUCAGCUUCAUGGCCUUCUUCUUCACCUUCAUGGCGCAGCUGGUGAUCAGCAUCAUCCAGGCGGUGGGAAUCCCGGGCUGGGGCGUCUGUGGCUGGAUCGCAGCGAUUUCCUUCUUCGGGACCAACGUGGGCUCGGCCGUGGUGAUGCUGAUCCCCACCAUCUUAUUCACAGUGAUGGCCGUCUUCUCCUUCAUCGCUCUCACGAUGGUGCAUAAAUUUUACCGGGGGAGCGGCGGGAGCUUCAGCAAGGCGCAGGAGGAGUGGACCACGGGGGCCUGGAAGAACCCCCACGUGCAGCAGGCAGCCCAGAACGCGGCCAUGGGGGCGGCGCAGGGGGCCAUGAUGCAGCACGAGACGCCGUAUUCGGCCACCCCCAACUACACCUACUCCAACGAGAUGUGAGCAGCGGGACUCUGGCCUCGGGCGAGAGAUCGUGGGGAAGAGAGGAGGAGGAGGACGGCUGAGCCCAGUUUGUGCAGCUAUUUCAGAAAGGCAGAGUGUACCAUAACGGUUCCUUUCCCUAUUCUUUGUAACGAGAUACUUUUGGAUUUAUUUUUUUUUCCCUUCCCCCCGUCACUGUCUUAUCUCUUCUUUUCUCUUUCAUUUUUCAUCUUGAAGAGGCUGUGAGUUGACCUGCAGGGCUCUUGUUGUGCGUGGUAGUAAGUGUAUGUUCACGUGUCUUCUUUUUCCCUGUGAAACAGUGUGUGGUGGCGGUUUUUUAAUUCCUGUGGUGAUAGGUGUAUGUUAGAACUACAUCAGCCAAAAUCCCCCCAAAAGGGGAAGAGAAAAAUAGCAACCAGCACCCACCUCCCCUCUUGGAACAAGCCCUGAACCACAGGUUUCCGACGUGUGUGAGUUUUCUCUUUCACUUGCCACUGUCUCAGCAAUCCUGGGAAUCCUCCCUUUUCUUUUGCUUUUUAACUAGGAGGUGGCUGGCUGAUUUAGCAUUUUAAAAAAAGGGAAACAAACCAACCAACCAACCAACGCUGAAACCUGCUGUUGAUAUGCUGGAAGCCAAGAGAUUCCUAAUCUACACCUUGGCUCAGGAUCUACAACUUCUCUCAGUGCGCCGUGUUUUAAAUUAGUUCACAUUUGGAUGUGAAAGACCAAUUUUUGUGCGUGGCAGUGGGCAGGAGCCCCGGCGCGCUCUGUGUGCGUGUGCGCGUGUGUUGGGGAGCCAGGACAGCGUUUCCAUGCAUUUUUUAAAGGCUUCUAUUUGGAAAAGCGGCUACAAAACGGGCAGAGCGUUUCUCGGAGGAUCUAUUCUUGCAUUAGGCUCCGGAUCAAAUUGUGCCACCCCGUGCACAAACACAUAGAACUGGUCUCACUGUAAACAGCGAGGCUGAGUUUUGUCCACGUUAGCUUUUGGGGCUCUUUAGGGCUGCUGGGAAGGAUAUUACCGCUGGCUUGUGCUUCUAAAAAAGUGCAGUGAAACGUGGCUGUGUUUUUUUUACUGGCGCAGAAAUCCCUGCCCAGGUCUGGUUUAAAUAAUGAUCUUGGGCCUUAGUAGGAGGCAGCUGAGCUCAGACUAACACCCCAUGGACUGUGGCAGCUGGGGAAGGCGAUCACCUCGGAAAUGGGGGCUGAUGGACACUGCGGGGCAGGAGGGGGAAAGUUCCUUCUCCCGGAUGCUUUUCAGACUCUAAAUGCACUUUAAGUAAGACAAAUUUUUCUCCUAGUCCUAGAAAAGCAGCCCAAACAGAAGCAGAUCCAUCCCUGUGGCUCGAGUUUCUCAAGCUUGUGCCUGCAGCUCGCCAGGGCUGCACGAGUCCCCAGCCUGUCCCUUCUGGUGAUGCUUGUCUGUGACUCCCACCCCCAAGAAUUCCCCCCAAAGAGCAACUUCUCUUUCCCAGCAAAGCACCCCAAGAAUAGUUUCCUUUUAAAGGGUAUCACUUCAGUCGUUCUGCAGUAGGCAGUCGUCUCUUGGCAAGACUAAACUGAUAAAAAUGCCUGUCUGUGUGUGCGUGUAUAUAUGUGUAUAAAACGUUAAGGAGAAAAGUAAUCCUUUGCUGAGCCUAUUAUGUACUUAAUCAGGUUUAAAUAUUGUGCAAUUCAUUUAUAGCUAGCCUAAAACUUACUAUGCCAAAUCACGUGCUCUGUCAUCUGUGUCUGAGAAAUGAUGGAUUUAAGUGACUUCACCUUUUGCAUUUACAAUAAGAUGCAUCAAUAAUAACUGUAACAAGCUGUAACUAACA